CUAUGAUAGGGGAGGUACAGGCCCAGGGUGCUGGUGGGAACAUAUCAAAGGCUAUGUAAUUCAACUCAGCCUUGGAGGGCAUCUGGGAAGUCUUCCAGGAAGGGAGCUCUAAACUUAGAUUUGAAGACUGAUGAGUCAACCAGUUCAGAAAUAGUGUACACCAUUUUCAGGGCCAAAGAGAGCAUAGCACAUUUAGGAAUGGCGUUCUUGAAGGCUGGAGCAGAGGGUGUAAAGGAGGUGGGGAGUAUAUUCUAAUAAUCUCCUGUAUAUGUAGAGCGCUUUACAGCUGUCAAAGCAUUCUCAGUUUUUGGGGGGUUUUUUUUGAGGAAAAUUUGGUGGAAAAUGUACAUUUCAUCUUAUGUUAUUUCUAAUUUGGUUUAUAUUAUCGUUGUUGUUUUUUGCAAAUAUAUGCAAAAUUACGGAGAAAAUAAGGCAUUUUUCCCCCCCUCCCUUCUCCCCAAAGUUUAUUAAAAAAAAAAGACAAAGUAAAAAGAGUCCUUUUCCACCAAACUCCCACCCACAACCUUCCUUGCUUUAAAAACUUCUCUUUGCUGACUGCCAAAAUCUGAAACCCAAGAAUGUCUUUUGAGUGUCUAAAACUCCUUAUGAUUUGUGGUGCUCUCCAGGCACAGGACCAUUCCCUGGAAUCCUCGAUCUUUUUGGAAGUGGUGGUGGCCUUUGUGAAUACAGGGCCAGCCUCCUGGCUGGACAUGGUUUUGCUGUGCUCGCUCUGGCUUAUUUCAGAUUUGAAGACCUCCCUAAAUAUUUGGAUAACGUGUGCCUGGAGUACUUUGAAGAAGCUGUGGACUUCAUGCUGCAACAUCCAAAGGUGAAAGGCCCUAGUGUUGGGCUUCUUGGCUUCUCCAAAGGAGGUGACCUGUGUCUCUCAAUGGCCUCUUUCUUGAAGGGCAUCACAGCUACUGCAGUUAUUAAUGCCUGUGUGGCCAACACAAUAGCUCCUCUGCAUUACAAGGAUAUGAUUAUUCCUAAUCUCAGCAGUGACCCAGGAAAAUACAAAAUCACUGAGUCAGGCCUUUUGAAUUUGGAGGAUAUUUGGAAUGACCCACUGGAGAAACCCAACCACCGAAGUCUUAUUCCAUUGGAAAAGGCCCAGGGACCCUUCCUGUUUAUCGUUGGCAUGGAUGAUCAUAACUGGAAGAGUGAAUUCUAUGCUCAGAUAGCCUCUGAACGGUUACAAGCCCAUGGGAAAGACAGACCCCAGAUAAUCUACUACCCAGGAACUGGCCAUUGUAUUGAUCCGCCUUAUUUUCCUCUUUGCAGAGCCUCUGUGCAUGCAGUUUUGGACCAACCAAUAUUCUAUGGAGGUGAGCCAAAGGCUCACUCAAGGGCACAGGUAGAUGCCUGGCAGCAAAUCCAAACUUUCUUCCAUGAACACCUCAAUGGUAAAAAUUCUGUCAAGCCCAGCAAAUUGUAACAUUGUAAUCAUAGACCAUAUACUGUUAAUAAAAAUCCUAGUCAUACAACAUGUAUUAGGUUUUCCAGAGAACCUAGGAACCUUUUUGUAACAAAGCAACCAUCUCAGCUUCAUUGUCAGGUCCUACUGGAUUCUGAGCCUUAGCAACACUACUCUCUUCACUGCUGGGUCCAUCCCUUUCUCCCCUGAACUUUUCCCAGUGUAUAGGCUUAACUCUGAUCUUAUCUGUAGGACCAAUCUUAACCUUAAGCAGGAAGAAUGUAAGAAGUGCCUGCCCAAGUCUCAACUGCUGGCCUAGAUUUGGCCUUCUGUUCUGGUUCUGAGGACUGAGCUUUUGUACUGCUAAGAGUCCCAUAUACUCUUUGGGUCCUAACUGACCAUGUCUGAACCUUGGGAACCUGUGCACUUGAGCCCCUUAAGGAAUGGACUCUGUUUCGUUCUUGUUUCUGAACCCUACUUUGAAGAUUGGGGGCAUUGACAUACUUAGUAUCCUAAGCUUUGCUUUUAUUUUAUGAAUGAGGCCCUAGACUUCGAUUUCUUCCUUACUGAUAAAGUAUCCUUUACAAAUUUUGAAUUUAAAAUUCAAAGGAUACUUUACAAAGUAAAAUUGAAUCCUUUACCAAAAAAAAUUGCUGUAAGCAAAACAGUUUAUUGAUAUAUACUGUUGAUAUACUUCCUCUGUAUUUACCGUCUGAAUUCUCAAUCUCAGUACUUGGCUACCUAGAGAAAUGCCUCGAUGCCAAUAGAUUUUCAGGACUUAAUCUUUGGAUGUCAGGUUAUGCCUGACAAAUUAGACUUCCUCCUGGUACCCUCGGUUCCUAUUACAUUCCUACUGGGAAGGACUGAGAUCCGUCUAUCUCAAUCCAUUGCCUUAUACUGGGCACUAUCUAGAGUCAUGAGACCAGAGCAGAGGGUCUUCCCUGAGUGCAAGAAUAUUUUUCUGAGACACAUCA